AUGGCUAGGUUCGCUGCUUCGAUGGCGGUUCUUGUAGUCACCAUGUUUGCCAUAGCUGCAGUAGAGGCAUCGAUUUACAGGACCACUGUUACCACUACUGAGAUCGAAGACGACAUGGACAAUCAACAGUCACAUAGGUGCCAACGACAAAUGCGGGGCAUGCGUAUGAAUAUGUGUCAACAGUAUUUACGACAAUCAUCACAAAGAGGUGAUGAUAUUAUGAUAGAGCAGGAGGGAAAUCCAACAAGGCAAGGACUCCAAGACUGCUGUAGAGAGAUGAGGGGAGUGAGUGAGGAGUGCAGGUGUGAAGCUGUUAGACAGAUGGUGCAACAGAUGCAAGGACAGGCGUACCAGGGACAGAUGAUGCAGAAAGCCAGACAACUUCCUUCUAUGUGCGGAAUGAGGCCUCAGUAUUGCGAUAUCCGUGGACGAUAUGUUGAGUACUAG